UGUGAAUUAAACGGAUAUUUUUUUUUCAGAAAAUUUCGUUGUCUUGCUAAACUCAAUGAAUAUAAAGGUGUAAUGACGAUUUUGUUAUUAUGUCCGAUAUACGUGAAUUUAUUUUGACUACAACUGCUAAUUUCUAUAAAAGUCCUUUGAAGUUAAAUGAGAAUUGUGAGGAAUUAUUACUUGAAUUCAUACACAAUUCACAAGUACUCCUCCUUCAAACCUGCUUAAAUAAUGAACUACUGGUGUUCUACACUAAAAUUGAACCUAACACAAACAAAUCAAUAAUAUUCUACAAAACUGUAGCAGAUAAUCUGACUAGAGAUGAUGCGAUACAAAACAUAAAUAUAGUUACUUUAACUAGAAGUGCAGAAGAAUCAUUAUAUCAAAUUUUGCGUCAGAUCUAUGGCCCACUGCUUGCAAGUGGAGAUGAUUUAUAUUCUAAUAAAUUACAUAAGAACUUGUCUGAAUUAGAAACAAAUCUCAGAGUCCUGACUCAUGGUAAAGGAGGUUCUAAUAUAAAUGUUAUUCUAUCAAUUAACGAUGAAGUGGAUUAUUGGAAAGCUGUUAGCCAUUCCCCAGAUACAAAUAAAAAGGAAAGAGAGGCAGCUUCUUCAUUCUUUGUUUUGUUUGAAGAUAUAUGUGAAGAAAUAAGAUCAUUGCAAACUGGAAACAUGCAAGAAAUCCAAGAUACAGCUGAGAAUAUAGCUGGAAUAUUAGAUGAUAUCUGGAGGUACAAUGUAGUGCCUUAUACACAGGAUAGAAUGAUUCAUAUUUUUGAUAUCAUUGGCCAUGUUCUUUGCACCGUGAUACAAAAUGAAGUCUCCAAAGUGGAAAUAUGGAAACCAUUUGAUGGCUUGAAAGACAGUCAGAUACUUGUGUUACUAUCUGAGGGUUUGAAUGCAGUACACAUGUGGAUCAGUGCAUGCAAAUCUCUAAGUGAGACAUAUUGGCCCAACUACGCAUUACAUGCGUGGAGAGGAAAACCAUAUGUUCCAACUUUCUGUGUGAAUUUUCAAAAACGGCUGAAAGAGAUAAAUGAUAUUAGAUCGACUUAUAAUCAACUUAGUAAAUUGCUGACCACAACUGAAAAAGCGGAAUUGAAUACGGAUCAACUACUCAAACAAUUUGAAAAUAUUAAUGUCUGGAUUUGUAAUGGACCGUCGACAUCUUGGGAUAACACUGUGAGCCAAUUUUCCGCCAAUUUAAGACCAGCAGAGACAAAAAUUGCUGAGAAAUUGAAACCUAGAUUGCACAACACAUCAACUAAACAAAUGCUGUAUGAGUUUACGCGAUACAAAACGCUCAUAACUAGACCACUUAUAAAGAACGCAUUAAAUGACGAAUUAGAGAUAUUUGUUGCUUCACUCUUAUCAAUGUUGAAGAAUAUUCAAAGUCAAAUUGACUCAGAUGAAGUGGAUGUAAGGAUGUACCAACCGCCAGAAAUGUCGCAACUAGUUCAACAAGUGCAAUGGGCUAAGCAGAUGGAAUCUAAGGUCAAGGAAAUACAAUCAUGUGUUGUCAACUAUCUUAAGGAGUUUGACAAAAAUUCAGAAGUAUCCCAACUUGCUAGUAAAAUUUUAAACGAUCUGAAAACGAUGUAUACCCAGUUACACGAGGAUUGGUGUAGAGAUUUACAGGCGCAAGUCAAAGACGGUUCCCUCCAACUAUCCGUCGAUAGGCCAGUAGUGGAAUUCUCAAGCGGAACCCAAAUGAUGGAAGUGAACUUCAACCCGCUCCUCGUCAGUAUCGAGCUAGAAGCGCGCUCGUUGAGUGCGCUAGGGCUGCCACCGCCGCCGGCUGCCAGCGUACUGGACACUGUGACGACAGCCCUGCGGUACGCUAGGGCUUUACAACAGGUGGCAUCCUUCCAUAACACAUUAGGCGAGCGAAUGAUUCCUUCCACUCGUCCUAUGAUGUUGCAAGCCGCUUUGGACUUAUCAGCUUUAGUGCAAAAUCAGAAACCAGUUUUUUGGAAUGACGAAGAACAGUUGGCCAUCUAUACGGAAAAUUUGAAGAAAAUGGUACUGAAACUGGAAUCUCAAAACACAUACCUUACUGGUCAACAUGUUGCUAUACGGGGUAUAGUAGAAAAAUUAAUGGAGACAGAGCUUCUUGCCAAACAAGCUGAAUGGAAGAAAAGUAUUAAAGACAUUAGGGAUAUUAUAGAGAAGGUGGAAAGUAAUGGAUACAAAAACACAGAUAUGUGGCGUUCACACUGGGAGGUGCAAGUGUACAAGGCGAUGGAAUGCCAAUACAUUAGAGCUUUACUCUCUCUGCAUACUAAUUUCCCUCAGAUGCGGGUUGAUUUGGUCUUACGUGGUCGCAGUGUGCGAGUUUCACCACCAUUAGAAGAAGUCCGCUCGCAGUUGUAUCACCAAUUGCGCCGCUUGGUGUCGCUGCCUGCGCACUUGCCAGCGUUACGAGAUGUACUGGACAAACCUAGUGUCUUCGCUUCUAUUGUUGAAAAACACAGCUGGAUCGGCAACAAAGCAGUCCACCAAAUAGAAAACACUCUAUCCGCACUAAACAAGCUAUGCGACACGUGGACUGUACGUGCUGCACUAGCGUGUGUUAGUGAUCUAGAUGAAAUGUGCAGAGAGCACUUGCACGAGCCUAGCGAUUGGGAGAUCAACUUCAAGGCGUGUAAGGCGUAUGGGCAAGCGGUCGCUAAGAUGACAUUUGACGACGAAAAAAUAGAUUGGAUAUCAGUUGGCACUAUAUCUUUACGCCGUGAAUUCGAAGCUCAGUCGCGCAACUUGUGGGCGUGUCUCAUGUCGUCUCUACAAGCUAAUUGUCGAGAUGAUUCAUCUAACCUAGAUACAUUUAUAGCUAAUGUAACUGUUAUGUUGGAGAAUAAAGCUCUACCCAAAAACGCCAAGGAAUUGGCUGAAAUAAGUGCUAAGCAACAUGCACUACAGGAGAAAAUGCCAGAGAUGGAGAAGUUGGUAGAAGGUUUAAAACGAAAAGGACAUUUGCUACGCACAUGGGGAGGGGACCCUUCUGUAGAUACCACCGUAAAGGAGUGGAUGAAAGUACGGGAGCAGAUGGACGCACACCAGCAAAUGUUUGAACAUCAGGCGGAAAUCGUAAAAUCCAGUCUCACAGGUGAAUGGGAUAACAUAAACAGUGGUAUCGAAGCGUGGUUUUCACGCUGGAGUCAAGCUCGAGCGAGAUUAGAAGAUAUUCGAUCUGUGUCAUAUAGUGAGAUACUUGAGAGAUGUUCCUCAGUGUUGGAUGCGGUGGAUAACUUCGAUAAAUUAAUAGGGGAAAAGGAUGAAUUGCUAUCGGAAUGUAAAAAAUUCAACAUGCAAUUAGAAAUAAAUGGUAUAUGGAAGGAUGCCGAAUCUCUAAAAAAUGAGUUUAUUAGCCUGUGGGGCAUACUGAAGGAAUACAACGAAGAUUACGAAGCAAUUGGAAAUCAAGAAUGGAUAAUAUUCCAAAAGAAGUUACAUUUGUUGGACGAAUUUGUAGCUCGUUGGAAAGACCGUCUAGAGCCUUACACUACUAUCACAUUAUUCAUUCAACAAGAACUUGACAAAUAUUCGGAUCUAACAAUGGUACUCAAAUAUUUCCGCGGAUCCGACUUCACCGAGCGGCACUGGUGUGAAGUUUAUAACCUCAUAGAAAUGCAGUACAAGAAACCAGAUUCAUUGUUACUGAAAGACUUCCUUAAUGUUGCAGUUAAUAUAAAGAAACAAAUGAAAGCUUUACAGAAAAUAUCAUCAUCCGCAUCGAGUGAAGCAGCUAUAAGAAUUGCGCUCAAUGAACUAGAGCUGUGGUAUGCGGGCGCAAGGCUCUCUGUGACGUACUACACGCACAAGGAUAGUAAACUCACUCCCAUUGUUAAAGAUUUUAAGGAUAUGCUUAGUAAGGUGGAGGAACAGCAAUGGGUGGUGUGGUCUGUGGGCAGUGAAGGCGGUAACAGCUGGGAGUUGCGCCUGCGCAGCGCUGGAUCGCUACUAAAAGCUGCGCAUCAUGUACAACGCAGGUGGCUGUAUCUAGAGCCUAUACUAUUCAAUGAUGAAGGUGAAUUAGGAGUGAAAUUUCGCAAGGUUGACCAAGGGUUUAAGCAAGUUGCGCGCAUCAUAGAGGCAGACCCACGGCUUUCGGCGUUAUUACAGUCUACGAGACUACAGUCGAUGCUGGAUACAAUAUCUGACCAACUGAACGCUUGUCAGUCAGCACUUAAUCAGUAUAUCGAUGAAAAACGUUCUAUAUUUCCAAGAUUAUACUUUUUAAGUGACGAUGACCUCCUGGAAUUGCUCGGUCAAGCACGAUCCGGGACAGCGGGUAGAGAGACCGUUCUACAGACGCACCUGAAAAAGCUAUUUCCCGGGAUUACUGGUGUGCGCCUCGGGCCCGGGGGCUUAUCUAUUACAACCUUAUGUAGCCAUUACGAAGAGACGUUUCAUCUAAAUCACCCAGUUGAUAUUGACUGUCCUGUUGAGGUUUGGCUUAAAAAUUUAGAAAAUGAAAUACGGUCAUCAUUAAAAGAUCUGACGAUAAAAUGUAUCAGUACGAACAGUAUCAGAGACAACGAUCCAUUUUCGCUGCCGACGCAAAUAAUGUGUUUAGCGCAAAACAUCAGAUUCACUGAGCAAGCUGAAAAGGCGAUAACUAACAAGGAACUGCGUAGCUUAAAAGAUAAUAUUGAAAAACAAAACGUGAAUUAUGCUUCUGCCGAAGUCGAAGAUGAGGCUGAAAAAUAUAAGAAACAAGCACUCAUAUUACAGUGUGCCUAUUAUAAGACUGUAGUGGACACCUUGUUGGAAAAUAACGUUGUUUCAACUACAGAUUGGUUGUGGCAGAAGCAGUUACGGUUUUACCUAAUAAAUUCCAAAGAGGUUGUAGCCAGAAUGGGUUUGGCGGAAAUAUCUUAUUCGUACGAAUACCUCGGCACCCAGACUGGUCAGUUUGUACGCACUGAGCUAGCUGAAGAAUGUUUCCUGAUAUUAACUCAGUCCCUUCAUUUUGGCUUCAUUGGCAAUCCAUUCGGUCCCGCGGGAACUGGGAAAACGGAAUCUGUGAAAGCUCUGGGUGGACUUUUUGGUCGACUUGUGUUGAUAUUCAACUGCGAUGAGGCUUUGGACGGCGAGUGUAUGGGCCGACUGCUGACAGGAUUAGCUUUGAGUGGUGCCUGGGGAUGCUUCGAUGAAUUCAACAGAUUGUCCUCAGAAACUCUCGCAACUGUGUCGCACCAGUUCUCUUCAUUACUAACUGCUAUACAAGCAGUUAAAACUAAUGCCGAGGCUACUGCGUUGUUAAAUGGAAAACAAGUGCACGUAUCCCCCUGGUGCGGUGUCGCAGUGACGCUGAACCCGGCAGGGCGCGGGUACGGCGCGCGGCGGGCGCUCGGCGCUGCGUUGCGGCGGGCGCUGCGCCCCGUCGCACUCACCGCGCCCGCGCCCGACCCGCUCGCCACGCACUUGCUAGCUGCACACGCUGCGCUCAACCCGCUGAGGAUGGCGAGGGAUCUCACUGCGGUGUUUAUGCUGGCUAGUAACCUACUAAGCAGCCAGCGUCACUACGACUGGGGGCUGCGAGCUUUGAAAGCGGCGGUGGGCAGCUGCGGGGCGGCGCUGCACGCACGCGGUGCUGCGGGCGAGCUGGCCCAGCGCGCCAUCUUGCGAUCCGUGCUCAAACUGAAUAAUAUGUCGAAACUUACCAAACCAGACGCGGAGAGAUUUGAAAAUAUACUGUCACUUGUUUUUGCUGACGUUCCCGAGGAGCAAUCUACAGUUGAUUCUAUCUAUAUGAGCAUUGACUCCAGUUUCGAACCGUUAUAUCUCAUACGCAAUCAAUUACAGACACAAAAAUGUAUGGAAUUAUAUGAACAAUUACAACAAAGAAUGGGAGUAGUAAUUGUUGGCCCUCCUGGCUCUGGCAAAACAACUAUUAGAAAACUACUCAAGACCGCGCUCAUACAGCAAGGUAAAACAAUAAUGGAGCACGUGAUAUACCCAAAAGCAGUGAGUCGGGAAUGCUUAUUAGGUCGAGUUGAGCCUGACACCCGCCAGUGGAUAGAUGGCGUCAUAUCCACUAUAGCUUUGCAGGUGUCACAACAGAGCGCAGACGUAUGGUCAUGGGUGGUAUGCGACGGUGACAUAGACCCACAGUGGAUAGAAGCUCUCAACUCAGUACUAGACGACAACCGUCUAUUAACUCUGCCUUCUGGCUGGCGCGUACAGUUCGGACAGAACGUUAACUUUGUGUUUGAGACGCAUUCUAUGGAACACGCUUCGCCGGCUACUAUAUCAAGGAUGGGGAUCAUUUUGUUGAGUGAAGAAGAUAGCUGUGCGGAGGAAGUUUUCAAUACCUGGAUUCAAAAAGCUGACAUGGAAAAUGAAACACUACGCUUAAUGAUACCAAUUUUACAAAAUGUAAUACGCAAAUGUUUGAAAUGGCUUAACACUCAUAAGUCGAACGUUACAGUCAAAACAUACAAUGUGUCCAUUGUAAAGCAGAUACUGACACAACUAGAAUAUAUAAUUCAAGAAACCGAUACGCAUAUACAUGUAUCAAAUGAAGAAAUUAUUUACUUAGCUCUGCAAUACAGCGUGAUAGGUUUACUCAAAGAAAAUGCAAUACAUGCGUUUCAUGACGAAAUAUCAGAUAUACUCGGUCCACCUCCGAACCCGGGAACUAAUUUAUGCGAGCGCGUAUCGGACACGCUAGUGAUGUCAACCCGGCUGCACGUGCCCGCACACGCACUGCGGGCGAUAGUGCGUGCACGCUCACACGCUAUACUCAUUGGGCCUGAUGCGUGUGCUAAGAGCACUUUAGCCGAGCACAUCUUAAAAGAUUGCAAUACGACGAUUGUCACCAUCGAUUGUACACCUAUUUUGGAUCCGACUGAUAUCAUUGCUGAACUCAAAAGGAAUAACGUGAUCCGCACUGGUGGUGGUGGAGUGGUAUUACUAGUGCGAGCUCUGCACCGCGCGUACACUGACGAGUGGGGAUCUUCGCCCGUACACUCGUUUUUAUUACAGUUGAUGCAAGGUAACGGCUUCUGGGCUUCGGAAGAAAAUGGCACACAGUGGUAUAGCACAGCUCGGGUCAGUGUCAUAGCAACCGCUUCGCCUCGCCUCGCACUCGCUUCGCGUCUGGCCGCUGCCUUCGCCCAUUUAAUAUUACCCGAGCCAUCCGACGAGGAAUUAUUGGAGCUUUUAAAAUACUAUUUAAUCGAAAAUUUAAAUAAGAAUAUUUCGGAUGCUGAUAUAUCUAACUUGUCGCAAAAUAUUUUGUCGAUGCUAAGAGAGAUUAUCGAUACUUUUGAUACAAGAUCACAUUACUCAUGGAAUUCUUCCCAUUUCAAGAAGAUGUGUGAAAAUAUAAGGUGGUAUAAUCCUGCCUCAAUUAACGAUGUAACAAUGGCUCUGAAUGCGCAAGCGCAUAUAAUAUUCAGAAAUCAACUAGUGACUGAUGAUGAGAAAGAACAAUACGAUGCUAUCGCUAGAAAGUACCUCAAAGUGAACAAUAAUAUUAUGUAUUUUAAACCAAUACAACGUAGCGACGGUGUUUACUUGGAAACUGUAGAUUAUGCGAUGUGGUAUCAAAGUACACAAAUGCUAAUUAAUCAGUGCUUGACGGACGAUGAAAAAAUUUUUGGUGACGCUGGUAUAGAAAUUUGCAAGGAGUUGUCCAUACUGUGUCCUGUUAUAGCUCUAGCGUUAAAUGGCGGUAUAGUAACAGCAGUAUGCGGGCCGGGCGCCGGUGCAAACGGAGCUGGCCGUGCUGUGUGCGCAGCGCUCGCUGCUAACUGCGUGCACGUGGAAGUACCCACGCACUUUGCCCAGCAGUUUAAAGCUGCUUUGACAUCAGCAAGCGAAGGAAAUCGCACACUAGUAAUUGUAAGCGAAUGGUCAGCAAAUUCAAGUAAUUUGGCAAUCAUAGAAGCGUUCAUUCGCGCGCACUCAAUACACGCACUGCCGUCGAACGUUAUGCCCGCUAUUGGACAAAAUGCUGAACAGACAUUAAUGAAUAUACGACAAAAUCUCGGUAUUUUAAUUUGCCUCGAUAAAAACCAGGACAAUUUAUCAGAAUUAUUGGAAAAAUAUCCAUUUUUAUACAAUACUUCUCAAUUGACGUGGCUUGAACAAUGGUCAGAGGAGACACUAAAGGAGAUGCCUAUAUUGGUCAUAAAGAGGUUAAUGAAGGAAGAUGCCAUUGAUUCUAAAGAAGAUUUAAGUACAAUUCCUGUGGAAGAAUUUGUUGGUAUAUACAAAACUCUUGAGUCAGAAUGGAUGAGAAGUCCUUACAGAUAUAUACAUUUCAUUAAAUCUUUCUACCACAUUGUGAAGAGAAAGAAAUCGUCGUUGAUACAACGCCAGAGUAUGCUACAGUCGGGUGUAGAGGCUUUACGUCGUGCUCGCAGCGAAGUAAGUACUCUUCAGGCAGAAGCAGCAGAACAAGAAGCUGAACUAUCAGACAAGCGAGAGAAAGCAAAUAAAGCAUUAGAGCAAAUCGGCGCUACCGUCCGAGCGAAUACCGAUAAACACGAAGAAAUGCAACAGUUGAAGAAGAAUAUUGAACUGGAGAAUGAAAAGCUACAAAUUCGUAAAAAGGAAAUAGAGGAAGAAUUAGCAACAGUGGAACCAGUAAUUGCAGCCGCUAGAGCUGCGGUGGGUGAUAUCAAGCCAGAAUCUCUUAGUGAGGUGCGUUCGCUGCGAGCUCCGCCAGAUGUAGUGCGUGAUGUGCUAGAGGGUGUUUUACGGCUUAUGGGCAUCGCCGAUACUUCGUGGCACUCCAUGAAGAGCUUCCUGUCCAAGCGCGGCGUUAAAGAGGAUAUAAGAUGUCUAGACGCGAGCCAAAUAAGCCCGGAAGCGGUGCAAUCAGUGGAGCGGCUGCUAGAGCGGCGGGGCGCGUCGUUCGAACAGGCCACGGCGAAGCGCGCCAGUGCCGCGUGCGCGCCGCUGGCCGCGUGGGUGCGCGCCAACCUGGCGCACGCGGCCGCGCUCGCGCGUGUGCGCCCGCUGCAGGCGCACCAGCGGGACUUGCACAAAAACCUCCAGCGCGCGGAAGCCCAACUAGAAGCGCUAUCAAGCGGCAUGACAUCAGUAGAAGAACGUGUAUCAGCGCUCCAAGAACAGCUCGGCCAACACACGCGUGAUGCAGCCACUCUAGAGCUGCGGUUAACUAACGUCACAACUACUAUACAGCAUGCUACACGGCUACUAUCACAACUGGCUCAUGAAUACGACACUUGGGAGAGUGAUUUGAAGAAUAUAUCAGAUGAAAUAUCUGAAUUAAAUCAGAGGUCCCUGUUAGCCGCUGCAUACAUAGUCUAUUUGUCUGAUUUGACGGAACCACAAGCAAGAAAUUAUAUUUUAAAAUGGAGUGCACUCAUAGGAUAUGAGCAGGAAUCCUUUUCAGUAAUCAAUUUUCUGUCCAAUACGGAAAAACAAUUGAAGUGGGAGGCAGACGGCCUGCCACUUGAUCAAACUGCACUUAAAAAUGCAGUUUUAGUGGACCAGGUAUUACAAACACGUAAAUGUGGAUUGACUCCGUUAAUUAUAGAUCCUGAUGGGGAUGCUAUUUGUUGGUUACGAAAUACUCUAUCGGGAACUGCUUGUGAUUUUGUCUCGCAAACCAGUGAUAAGUUACAAACUGCUGUUCAAUAUGCCUUGAGGUUAAACCGUACUCUAGUUGUUUACGAUGUAGAUAGCAUACACGCAAGUUGGUGGGCGGCGCGAUCUGCUUCGUUACUAUUGGUCACACGAGACACGCAUUUGGCAAGGACAUUACCGUCGUAUGUGCUGGCGGUUGUCAAUCCGCUGUACUUUACUGCGAGGUUACAUGCUUUGCUUGAUCAACUGAUACAUUACACCAUGCAAAAGCAAAACCCUGAAAUGAACGAAAAGACAAAGGAGAUUAAACUAAAGAAAGCUACACUGCAAAAACAGCUUCACGAACUACAGGAGAACCUUCUAAAGGACCUGUCCAUGAACAGCGACAUUUUACACGACGCAAAUCUUAUUGCUUCUCUAAACAAAACUCGUGAAACUAGCGUCACUAUAUCAGAAUCGUUAAAAUCAGCACAAAUGAUAGAAGAAGAGUUUAGAGUUUCGUGUCAAGCGUAUGAAGAAAGCGCUUUAAAAGCGGCACAUUUAAUUCUAGCUGUUAAAGAAUUGGUUAAUAAGAAACCGCUCGUUACAAUACCCGUGGAAACUAUGUUAGAUGUUUAUGUGGAAGCUGUUAAAAGAGUGCCGGAUAUUAAAAAUAUUAACAGCACUGAUGUUGUAAAAUAUUUGGCUCGAAGAAUUAUAGAAAGAGUUUUACUGAGUUUACAUAAGAAGGAUAAAUAUAUUAUUGUUUUACACCUGUUAAGACAAGUUUUCGUUGAAUUAAUCCCGGACAAGCUCUGGCAGUUGUUUACUGGUGGUUCUGAACUUGUUGAGGAUGGACUCGUUCAUGAAAUUAAAAAGAACUUCAAUUGGAUUCCUGAUGAAUGCUUAAAGAAAGUAGCAACGUUGAAGAUGGAGGAUCCAGAGUUAUUUAACAAACUAUUACUUAAUAAUAGUGAAAUGUGGUCGGAGUUUUAUCAAUCUGGAGAUCUGAAUACUAUAAAUAAAUUAAAAUUGAGUCCGUUUGAAAAUGUCGUUGCCAUCACGGCGUUACGACCAGACAGUCUCUAUAGGACAAUCACUGCUUUUGUUGACCAAAUUUUGGGUAGUGGUAUAAUGAGUGGUGGGGAUACCCUUCGUAAAGCUCAACGGUGGUCAUCACCAAAACGUGCCGUCCUGCUGUUGGGUGCACACGCUACUGACCAUUUGCAGGCGCAUUGCCAAUCGCAACGACUUAUACAGGUUGGCGUAGAGGAAGGUCGGGAAGUAUUUGAGAGAGCAGUGGAAGAGAGUCGCAGCGGUGGCUGGGUUGCUAUCAAUGUUGGCGCAUCGCCUUUCUCCAAACAUCUGCGUGAUUUUCUGGAUAGUUUGGCUAAUCGCGCAAUAGAAGAUUUUAAUGAAGAGUUUCGCCUCUGGAUCUUGGCCGAAGAUCGUGACAUACCAUCAGCAAUAUCCAGUUCUUGCGUCAACGUCAUUCUUGAGAGUCCGGAGGGUGUGAAGCGCAACGUGUGCAGUACACUGAGCGCGUGGGGCACAGGCCCGCACAGCACGCAAGUCGCGCGACAACUCGCUUGCCUCGCGUUGUUCCAUGCGCUUGCGAUUGAGCGACGCGCCUACGUGCCCUUAGGUUGGAGCUCCCCGUACGAGUGGGGGUGGGGCGAGGCUAGCGCGGCCCACGUGUGCGCCCGCACGGCCACGCGCUCCACCCGCCCGUUAGUGCAAGCGCUGUACGCGGCACGCGUACACCGAGCGCUCGACCGACGGCUGCUUAACGCGCUUGCGGAUAGAUGCUUGGGAGAACAAGCGCUAGCGAGUAGUUACACGCUGCCGGGGCUUAAGGCGCCGCUGCCGUACACUGGUAACUUGCAGGAUUAUAUUACAGCAUUUGAGAACUUGCCAGACAUGGAUUCACCGGAACUGCUUGCUCUACCGAACAAUUGUCGCCUCGCGUGGGAGAGGAAAGCUGCGGAAGACAUUGUUACUGGUCUAAGAGAAUUAAAUUCUACUGUUGAUGUGACUAAGAGCAACACGACUGCACCAAUUAAAUCCCUUCUGGCUUUGUGGAAAAAAUUAAUGUCUGGCAAUCCGCUCAUUAAACCCGACUUCACCGUCGGAAAUCGUCCCGGUUGGUGGGGCGCGGUGUGUGCGGGCGAGGCGGGUGACGCGGCGCUCGCGGCGCGCACCGUGCACCACGCGCUCGCCGCACUGCACGCGCAACCACAACGACCGCCAAUCACUUGCGUACCAGAAGAGUGGCAAUUACUAUGGCCAGGGCCAGAUAAACCAGACGAUUACAUUCGAGAGUUCUGUUUCCGAGCUCGAGCAGCUGUCGCACGCAUUGCAGAUACUAUGCCCGAAGAUUAUAUUCCUAAGAGUGUGGAUAUCCGCGGUCUGUUAUUCCCGUGUCGUGCGCUAGUUGCGCUGCAGGCAGCUGCCGCAGACCGUUUACGUGUCGCACCGCACCGCCUGCGUUUGCACACGCAGUGGGAACCACACGAGUCGUCAACAAGUGAUGGCGCUCUAAUAGUGACGGGUCUACGUAUGAGCGCGUGUGUGUGGGGGGGCGGCGCGGUGCGGGCGGCGCGCGGGGGGGGCGCACCGCACGCGACCGCGCCGCCGAUAGCACUUGCGUACGUGCCCAAGGAUGAACACGUGGACUCUGUGUCUGGGUACGAGUUACCACUAUACACGAGCGCCACGCGCUCAGCGCUGGUGUGCUCGUGCCGCGCGCCGCUGGCCGACUCGUUCGCGCCGCGCACCGCCACACUGCACGCCGCUGCGCUGUACGUCGCGCCCGUCGAAUAGUUUACUUACUUACUUAUAUGCUCGUCUAUGUCACGCCCGUCGAGUAGCACACUAGUUUUACUUAUUUACUUACUUACCCAUUUAGAUUUGGGAUUCUCUAUAUGUAAAGAUAUGUUGUGUUGAUACUAUGUGUUUGACUAAGCUAAGAAGGAUUGCAGAAAUAAAAGUUUAUGUGUAAA